GUCAUAUUAUAGUUACUUGCCUGCCACCAAUCUCAACAAUAGGCAUGACGAAAGAGGAUAUGCCACACCUCAUGGAGGAAGUCCGAGCCCAGAUGAUGGAAGUGUAUACCAAAACUUCAUCUCAGGUGCACCACCCAUGGCCCUUGACAGAGGCAGUUAAGAAGAAUAGUUAAACUAAGAAGGUAGAGCUUAGGUAGCAGCACCCUCACAUUCUCCUCACUAGAGCCAUCCUCUCAGCAGCGCAUGUACACCUCUAACCGACCCUGCGACGGUGGCUGUGCUUUGUUCUAGUGAAUGUUCUUUUACCCGGAAUAUCUAUCCGCCAAAACCUGUGUCGUUAUCAAGAGACUUUGAUGGCCUCAUAUGUAGCUGGGACAACCUUGGAAUGGCUUUGGUAUCUUAAAAAGCUGGUUCUAUAUCUGCUUUCAAUAUCAACUAUAUAUAUAUAUAUAGGUAUUUCAACCAAAGUUACUACAAUGGCCGUGUUCUCUUCAACUUAUUGAGUUUUGUUAUUUUUUAAUUUUAUUUUUCAGUGAUAGUAAGUAAGUUAAGGAUGAUAUACAUUUCACAGAGACCAACUUCAGAUAACCAUUUGAUAGUUACAAACAGUACUGCUAUAGUAGAAACAUAUACCGGUAUCAGUAUAUCCCUAUGAUUGUGAAUACUGUAAAUCAAAUAUGUAGUGGAGUUAGUGUACUAUGUACAUUGUACAAAAGCUGACAGAUAUGUCAGAAAGAAAAUGCUUGCCAAAUCCACAAACUUCUUACAAUGAGUUAGAACCGAAUUAUUGUUUUGUUGCAUCAGCCUAAUAAAAGGCAAAGUAUGUGUUUGCCCAAAUAUCAGUGAUAGAAAUACUUAAAUAAGUUAUAGCUAUAGAGGAUGUUUAUUGCUUCUCAGUGUUUGAACUGUGUGUGUGUGUGUGUGUGUGUGUGUGUUUGUGUGUGUGUUGUGUGUGUGGUGUGCGCGUUGUGUGUGUGCGUGUGCGCGUCAAUGUGUCUGUGCGUGUGCGCGUCAAUGUGUCUGUGUGCGCGUCAAUGUGUCUGUGUGUGAGUGUGUGUCUGUGCGUGCGCAUGUGCGUGUGUGGAUGUAUGGAUGUUUGCAUGUUUGCGCACAUGUAUUUAUCUGAAUGCAUUCAUGCAUAUAUACAUACAUACAUAUAUACAUACAUACAUAUACAUACAUACAUAUAUACAUACAUACAUAUAUACAUACAUACAUACAUACAUAUAUACAUACAUACAUAUAUACAUACAUACAUAUAUACAUACAUACAUAUAUACAUACAUACAUACAUAAAUAAUUGUAUAUGCAAAUCUGCACAUACAAAUGAACACUGACAUUUGCACCAACGCAUCUACCAAAGAGAGGAUCAAGUCUGUUCAUACAUGAAAUGGAAUGUUGCCCUGAUAUGAGUAUAAUAAAACAUGAUACUUUGAAUUUGUCUAAAGCUCCUCUUCAGACAUGAGGAUAAGUGUUGUUUUUUACUAUGUCUGAAGAGGAGUGUUAGAUAGUCUUGAAUUAUCAUGUAUUAUUCCAUUCCAGCCGUGACUUUCAUCUUAUGUUUGUGUGUUGCAGUAUUUUGUUCUCAUACAUAUAUACAGAUCUACUUUUCUAUCAGUAAACUCAUACUUACAUAUAUACUGUAUAGCUCUGAAUGACAUGCAGAUAUUCUCUACAUUUGUAUGCACUGUAUGUAUGUAUAUAUUAGUCCAUCCAAAUGAUAAAUUAUAUUACUUUCAUGUUAAACACAGGCAGUUCACAAGAGGAUAUUUGGUGAUUUUUGAUACUCUUCUACUGCCAGGCUGAUCGUAUCUACUUUACUUCUCUCCCUCUCUCUCAGUUGGUUUGAAAAGACUUUGCACAGAUAAAGCCUAAGGAACCUGAGAUUUCUUAGGUCUUCGUGUCAUUUUUCCCCUGUUUCUUCUUCACGAAUUCAAAUGGGUUUUCGCACAGAUAUAUCCCCAUGACCUUAAGAUUCUAGUUUGAAAGCUGUUUUUAAGUGACUGUGAAAUUAUGAUCCUAUUCGACAAAAACUCCUGUGCAUAUGUACAUAUUUCCUCAUCUCUUUAUUAUUAGCCUCUAUUAUAUCCCUUCUCAAGGGUGCAGAUGGAGUAACCCUUUUGCUUCUGGUUGAGUCUCUGCCUGGUCCUUAUUAACCAAGAUCAGGAGAGUCCUUGAGCCUUUAACUGCUCUUAACUAAGGAUGCCAAGCCUUUGAAAGUUUCUCAAAAUCUCUCUUAAAAAAAGAUAUUUAGAAUAUGCACAUGUUUUAUGAUUUGGUACUGAUAUGCAGAUUUGAAGUGACAUGAAGGAUUUAUUUACGAACCAUAUAUUGGGGUGAUGAGUAUAGAUUUGUAUAUUUUUUGUUUCUUUCUUUUAUGAUUUGAAUAUUCUGAACUUGCUAGCAUUCCAUCAGUACCUCAUCUCAAGUCAUGGUUCAUGAUUUUUUGUUAUUGUAUUUAUUAUUAUGGUGGUUGUUAUUUUUUUUCUUAUUGUAAUAAUGGCAUAUCUCAUUAUUUCCCUCCUAACCCCCUGUUCUCAAUAAUUCUUCUCUCUAUGACUUUCAUGAAAUAUGUUUAUCUAUGCAUGCAGAGAUAAAAAGGAAUGAUAUAUGAUCCCUUUAAACCAUUAUAGUAAGAUAUGGCAAGGUUCAGUAUCCCUCGUAAACUCUUAGGUGUACAAGGUCCACUUAGGCCUCUGUUCUUAACCAGUGCACAACUGCUCUGCAGAAUUAAAUAUAAAUCUUGUUUAGA